GAAAACCAGGCGAACGUAUUUCCCCGAUCUAUGCAGAGUACAACCGCCACAACUAUCCCCGAAACGAGUUAAUCGACGGCGAAGGAUAGAUAUCUUUGGUCGUACACGACAGCAGAGAGCAACGAAGCUGCUGACAACGGCCACAUCAUGGAUGACCUCCAGCGACGAAUCCACGGACCGCAGUACGGAUAGACGAGGACGAGCCCACUCAUCAAAGGCCCAGAAAUUCGCGAAAAGGCGCGACGCGUCUUUAUUUUAAUUCCACCUAACCCAGUCCCAAUUCCCCAUCUUCAAAUAACCCAUUACCCAACUUCAACUUGGGCCAUGCGGCCCAAUGAGGCAAAUCCACAAUCCCCCCCAAAGACCACAGGGGCGACCCCAGCAAGUUCGAGCAAACACGUUGACGAACCACCCGUAUCCGGACAUCGGAUUCCUGUCCGGGGAUCUUUCGUGUCGACCCAAAUGUGUCUUCCUCAGGACCGUACGUGUGUAUCCGUAGGGUCCGUAGGUAACAAGUCGGCAGAGGGGGGAGCAACGUGGCAACCCACCUUCGACAAUAAGUCCACGCGUUCGACUAUGCAAAAGUUGUGUUGGUCGGUAUGCGGCAAUGCUAUCCAAACGGGGUUCCCGGCGAUCUCGAACCAACCAACCCGGGGACCUGGACCAAGUUUUUUGAAGAUUUCCAAAGAAAAACCCGGCGGUGUGGAUCGAGGGACAAACCCGUCAAUGCAAGGGAGCCGCACGCCCGGCCACCGCAUUCUUCGAGGGAACGAGAAGAGAGAUACCCAAGUCACACCCAACCGCGGGUCGUGGAAAAAAGCUUUGUCCAGACUGCGUUUGCCAAGUUGUGAGCAACUUCGAAGCUUUGUCCACGCCGUGGUGAUGGCUUUCUCUCAUGCUGGCAGUGAGAUUUUUGCUGUCGUACCACCGGAAUGCAGAACAAUUUGUCAAAUUCAUCAGCCUCGGGGGAGAUCCUCGAGGGAACCUCUUUGAUGUCAAAUCGUAAUCAGUCAGCUGACUUUCUGCGGUUUUCCGGUGGCUCCGUCACAGUAGAUCAUGUUUCCCGGGGUUGUCGGGCCGCUGAGGCUAUUGUCAGGAACUGGCGCCUAUCUCUAUGGAGGUUGAUCAGACGCUUCGCG